UAGUGUCGGACAAAGAAGUUGCGUAAGCGCGCUAAGGGUGGCUAUGCUGCCUUAUUAGGCAGCGCUGUGUCCGCUGCGGCAACCCUGGCGGCUCGUCUGCCCACAUGUCGCGGCGGCCUCGGCUGCACCAGACUCAGCUUCCAGUCUCCUGCACGCACGCGCUCCGUCCGGCAGUCAUGUCAGUGAAACCUCCAGGUGGUGAAUGCCAUGAUCUCUUUGGAGCAGAUUGUAAAGGAUCACCAGGUCACCUGAGGGUACUGAAACCACCAGGUGGAGGAUCAAGUGAUAUUUUUGGGACUGCACCUGUGGAUCAGAGCCCCAAACGCCGCACCAAUUAUAUGCAGUCAUCAUUAUUCGUUGAACCAGAAUCUGUUAAUACUACACCUGCUCGUGUAAAGUCUGGAGAGGGCACCACUACGAAUGGCGUGAAAGAAGCAUCUGUUACAAAUGGCAAUGAUAAUGCAAAUGAAACUACCAACAUUAAUGCCAAUGUCAACAAUGAAAACACUGCUGCCUCUGCUUCUGCUGCUUCGGCCCCUGCUGCUUCGGCUCCUGCUGCCUCCACUGCUACAUCUUCUCCUGCACGAGCUGCCACUGCCCCACAGCGAAGCCGUGUCCCUCCGGGAGGCUUUUCUUCUGGGUUGUGGUGAAGCGAUACUGUCUUGAAGUAUUCCUCUUUGCGUGUGCUGAAUAAAAGUCCUAAUCUAACGUAUUAUUUCUCUAUUCUUAAUUUUGUAUUUUAAAUAUUAAGUUCAUAUGGCAAGUAUUUUUUGUUACUUAUUGUCAUUUUACCACACUGUGUUUGACAUACUUUGAAGGUUUGACUGAUAUAUUUAUUUCAUAUUUGAUACUUAUUAUUUCUAUUUUAUAGGAUCAGUAAUAAGGAAGUAUUAUCUCCCUUUCAUUACUUUU